UGCGUGUCUUCGGACCAUUUCAACAUCGCUCAGCUAACAACAAACGAGCCGCUGAGAUGCGCAGCACCAAUCUGUCACCCGCAACUGUGGUUUUCCACCAAUCUCUCUAGCUGGGUUUUGAACGCACGCGCAUUUCUGAUAACACGAUCAUUACUCGGCCACGGCCACGAUGGAGUCUUCGCGCAAGGAUGAGGAGGCCACCAUCAAGGUCGCCUCGACCGGAAAAUCAGUUACACCAUCGCGGCCGCAGUCGUUCGGCAGAAUUAAACUGAGGAAAGCCCCGCCAAAACAGGCUAAGCCUGGCAAUUGGAAAGAGGCCAACGUCCUCGAAGACGACAAGAAGAAAUCCAAAGACCAUGCAAUCACCGCUGCGUCGCCCAAUCCCGUCAUCAACCAGCUCGACGACCCUUCGCGCGAGACCUUCGACACCGGCCGGCCCCUCGAAGACAUACCCGACAUGUUUCAGUGCAAGCACUGCAAGAAAGGAAUUACCCGGGUUGCCGCUAAGGAUCACAUCGCCCAGUGUUUGAGAAUCAAGAAGGAGAAGGCGCAGCGCAAGAAGGAGGCCCGCGAGGCCCGAGAGCGGCUGAAGGAGGCUGCCCGGGAGGAGGAGGCCCGCAAGGCCGAAGGGGACGCUGCCCGCCGGGGCGACGACGAUAGCGACGACGAUGACGAGGCCAAAGACGGCAGCGCCGGGAAGACGGCCGGCAAGGCCAAGAAGACCAACGUAUCUGGCAAGAAGAGGAAGGCCGAGGGUGAGCUCGACAAGGGAAAGGCCAAGAAGAAGAAGGACGAGCCGAAGCCCAAGACUGCGAAACCCAAGGGACCUGUCGAUGUCGAGAGGCAGUGUGGCGUGCUGCUACCGAACGGCCAGCCGUGUGCCAGGUCUCUGACAUGCAAGAGCCACAGCAUGAGCGCCAAGCGAGCUGUGCCGGGCCGGUCGCUGCCAUACGACAUGCUUCUGGCUGCAUACCAGAAGAAGAACCAGGCCAAGCAGCAAAAGGCCGCCAUUGACGCCAACGCGCCACUGGAGGACGAGGAUGAGGCCAACCAAGCGGCAGUUGAUAGCGAUGAGGAGACGGCCGCCGUCAUGGCAGCCCUGGCGCACUGGAACCCGCAGCCCGUCGUGCCACAGCCCGUAUUCGCCCCGACCAAACGCCAGUAUCAACUCGCACGGCUGCACGAGCAAUUACAAACCGCGACCAACGGCGGCCGCGUCAACAUCUUCAAGGUGGCCGGCUACGACGCCCAGCGUCUCACUGAGGCUCACCUAGGUCUGUUCGAAUACGAUGACGCACCGGGUGAGCCGGACCCGGCCGUAAUGGGCGCCGAUUUCUCGCGGCGCUCGUCCAGUUUCGGCCUCGGGGGUCCACCGCAACGGCAGCCGUCGGUGACGGGUCGAGCAUAGAAUGCUCGAUCGUACAGCGUGCCGACCGCCUGGCUGUUUCAGCGCCCCCAGAAAACUGCUGGGGCAGCUGCUCCAUCCCCGCUGCGCGUUCCCAUCCCCGGCUCGAGUAGCCAGGUGCUGCCCACCGCGCAGGCGCUGGGGACGUGGUUCGCGGUGAACGUUGCGAGGUCGCAGCAGCGGCAACAAUUACAACAGCAACAAGA